CAUACUACGACGCACGACGACGCCAAAAGCAGACGCACGACGACGCCAAAAGCAUACAACCUCUUAAUCGAAAGUUGAUUUUACUCAGCAGGAUUUUUUUAAUAAUGCAUGUACUAUGCUUAUAAAUUUCAUUUGGUGCGUCCAAGUAAAUAAGUCUUAAUAAGGACAUUUUUUUAUGAUUUCUUAUCUUACUGAAAUUUUACAUAAUUGCAUCAGAUGCGAAACCGUACCUUACUUAUCAAGUGCCUGCUGGAUUAGUUCAUUUGUUGCAGCUAUCUGUAAAUCAAAUUUCUACAGCGUAAUUAUAGCAAGGUUUCUUUAACCCUUCAGUUUGUUGAAUUCCAGCUUAAUUCUCAUAAUAUACGAGCGAGUAAUUACUGCAUAAUGCAAAGCGCUACGACUGGAUCUUUGGAUUCUGGAAACACCAAUCGAGCGUCAUCCCCAGUGACGGCCAUGGGUUCCCAUGUGCGACGCCCAUCCACCAGUUCUUUCACCACUGCACGCGAUCAACCGUCGCCAGCGGGGAUUUUUGAUACGCAGUCAGAAAUCAGUAGACAUGAGUUUCAAACCAAUCUCGCAAUGUAUGGCCAGUUAACCAAAAUGACGAGUAGUUUGAGCGUAUGCAUGCCGGAGAUGGAAAAGCUCAGUACUACUUUAUUGGACUGGUGCCGCAGUGUGGAUAAAUCGUUCUCCUUACUGCAAACCGAAAUUCUCGGGUUACGCGAUGAAAUCUCCACCAGGAACGCCCAAGUACAUACUGAAUUCCACCGUGCCGUCACCGAAAUACAGCAGCAAACCGAAACUACCUUUCAAGACAAAUGUGUACACCGCUUGGACACGAUCGAGCAUCGCUUAGAUCUGUUCGCCCAAAAGGUCACCCAGUUGCAAGAUCAGCUCUUCCAGAAGAUGACAUCGGUUCUGGAAGUCCAGACGAAUUUUACUUCUGUCGUCAAUACGUUGCGGAAUAACCAAGAUGGGGUGCACGAUGAAAUUCGAAAGGUCACCGAUGACGGUAAAAAAGCGUUAGGCGAUAACACGAAAGAAUUGCACAAAAUUCACGAUGGACUGGCUAAUGAUGUGAAGACUGUGCAAGAACGACUGGAGCACGCUGAUGCGGAAAUUCGCAUGCAUAGUACGGCACUGAAUGGUAUCGCUGCGGAUCAGAAGAACUGCAUGGAUAACUGCUACGGAUUAGGACAAAAGUUGGCCAAUGUGCAGAUGGAGUUCCAUGAUCAGAUUGCCGGUUUACAAGACGGUUUAAUUAACCUGGAUCGUCAAAUCGGCUAUGCUUCACAGCGCAAUGAUCACGUACAAAACAAUGAGCAAUUUUUAAAACACCAAGAAGAUUUCCAACUACUGUUCGAUGAAGUAAAACGUCUACAGAAAGCGUUGUAUGAACAAGAAGCAAAAGUGUCAGAGCUGUCGAAAACGACUGCCGUUUUACCCGGCUUAUCGGAAACGGUAACGGAAGUGCAGCUUAAGAACGACGAGCAAGACGCCAGAAUCACCUCACUAGAAAACUCGUUCCAUUCACGGGUAGAUUUGCAGAUCGUGGAUUCUACCGAGAAUAUACACCUCCAUAAAGAUGUCAACGAUUUACUGAAAAAAGUCAACAUUAUUUUUGAAACCGUUGGCACACUGCGCACUGAAGUGGCCGGAUUAAAAUCCGCGCAGACGUCACCGACGGAUUUCGUUUAUGUUUCCAAUACAAACCCGUCACCGGAUGUUUAUGCUAAAUCCACACCGGAAUACACAUUGCCCUUCGGCAAACCCAAUCAGCAAAAUUUUUCCAACACAUGUAGUCUGGGUUAUGAAAAUUGUUUUUUAUCAAAGAGUGGAUUGUGCUCGGAAACAUUUCAUCUACCGAAGAAAUCGCCGACCGGCUUCCAUUCGGUGACCCCUAGUUUUGUGCAUAACGAAGGGGUAGCGGAAGGCAGUGGGUUGGAUCAACUGAACGAAACUUUUCGGGACAUUGUGGCAAAAAAUGUUGUGUCUUUGGACGAUGCACCAUUAAUGAAGAUUAACAACGCUCGCCAUAUUUCUGGGCAUAUAUAAAUUUAUCUUGUUUACGAUAAAUCCCAAAUAAUCCCGCACUUUUGGCACUAAUAAUGUUGAAUUAGCAAACUUUGUUCAUAACUCUGGCUCUUUGUGUAAAUGGACGACAAGA